AUGGAGAGCAUUGCCUUCAGUCUCUCAUCUCCCCAAACCUUCUUUGUAGCCCUCGUAUUCACUUUUCUCUCCUUCUUCCUCGCUCUCCUCGCCGUCCGAUCACUCCCUUUCAAACCCAAAUCAGGCGGCUCGGCUACCGACCUGUCGACGUCGAAUAAAAACGAAAAGCUGCGAGCUUGCUGUGCUUGCAACUGUAACGACGUCGUCUCCGGCUCCGAUUCGGAGCCGCUGAGGGCGCCGCACUUGAACGGCGGGAUCGGUCCAGACGUGACGCAAAAGACGGCGACGGCGAUUACGGAGCGGCAAACGGGCGCGUCGAUGAUGGAGCAGCUUGUUCCGGAGAUUACGACGCACGCGCUUAGCUACUUGGACUAUCCGAGCCUCUGUAGGCUUUCGAUGACUAAUUCGCUCAUGCGAAAGGCCGCGAAUGAUGAUAAUGCGUGGAAAGCGCUUUAUCAUAAGGACUUCACAUUGGAACAGGAUGGUAUAACACCAGUUAAUGGGUGGAAGGCUUACUAUGCUGCUACAAGAGCGAUUGUGAAUGUCAAUACUGAAUUCUUUAACUUCAUCAGAGAAAGGUCACUUGCAGAAAUGAGUCGUUUAUGGCUGAAUGCAGACUAUGUGAAGUGUGUUCAUGCCUCAGGAGAACUCUUUUCAGGGUAUAAUGCAGUAAUGCAGAGUUGGCGACUUGCGUUUGAUUGGGAGCAAGGGGUCAACUUUCAGAUUCGGGAUGUGCGUGCUCGGGUUCUGACAGACAUGGCUUGGGUUACCAUGAAAACUUAUUUUGAAAUCGAUACCAAGCCAUUCAUUGUGACCAACGUCUUUGAGUUUCAUAAUGGGCGAUGGUACCUGGUGCAUCAUCACAGCUCUGAUAUGAAUGGAGAGGUAGAACAGCCGAUUGUGCAGGGGCAAUAA